UUUUAAUUACUACAACUGACUUUAAUCCUCUUUUGCUGAGAUCUUAAGAAAUCAAAACUAGAAUUUAAAUUAAUUGACUUUCUUCAACAAGAAAAAUAUACUUUCAUGCCAGGUUUAAUAAAACAGUUUUCAUAGAAAUAUUGUUUAGUGCAAAUCAUUUAUUUCUCAUUGGCUCAAGUUAUAAAAUAUAGAUGUGAACCAUUACCCUAAUUUUUUUAAUUGGAUGAGCGAAACCCUUUUUUAAGUGUAUGUUUGUGUGUGUGUGUAUAUGUGUGCGCGCUCACCACUCAAAUAACGCGCCGACAGGAAGUUUCUAUGUAUUCUGGUUUCAGGUGUAUCACAGCUGCACCGGGCAACGCCGGUGUUGUACCGAAAUCCGACCCCCCGUGAAAAUCUUACCCGCUCGCGUGCACGCGCCUCUCACAUUAAUACGCAGUGCAGACGCAUUUCGUCCGGCUUUUCUUCGGUUUUUUACAGAAUAUUUUUCGAUGUUCCACACAUCAAGCACAGGGUUAAGAAUAAAGCUGCCACCUGCCAAAAUAAAGGUGUUAAAUUCAGAUUGCAUUGACUAUUCUGCUGCAUUAACAUCCAAGUCGUAUUUGAUGUUGUCAUUUCUUAUUAGUUCACUACGUGACUUGAGUAAACACUGUAUUAGCCUACUCUGCCCAUUGAACUUGCAUACGAAUGUCAUAAAGAAUAAUAAUAAUUAAUCGCAUUUGUUUCUAAAUUGACGCUAUUUUUGAUCUGCUCACGUGUUCAAGUCAAGUCACCUUUAUUUAUAUACCGCCUUUAACAAUACAGAAUUGUGACAAGGCGGCUGUACAGUAUUAAAUAGGAAACAGUACAUCAACAAUGCCAAAGGCAACAGUAAACACUCAAUUUUUAGGUAAAGGUAGUUCAUCAAAAACAAUAAAAUAAAAUGCAACAUUGUGUUAAGAGAAAGUGUCCCCAACUAAGCAAGCCAGAGGCGACAGCGGCAAGGAACCAAAACUCCAUCGGUGACAAAUGGAGAUAAUAUGGUGUUCAGACAAAUGGUGUUCUGAUAAUAAUAGCUGUGUAACACUAUACAUUAUUUGGACAGUAAAAAAAACAGUUAAAUCUGAUGCUUUUGCAUAGAACUUAAUAAAAAUAAUAUAUUGAGAUUUGAUAGUAAUAUAUUUUCUGUCAGUUUUUUUACUUUCAAUAAAAGUGAAAAAUGAAACUAAAUUAUUGGCUUGUAUUUUGUACACUUUUUAAAACCGAGUUUUAGGCCUAACAAUUACACUGUUAUGAUAGCAAUGCCGGGGCGCCAGUAGUAGUGACGUAGUUUUUAAUGUUCGUGGCCAUGAUUAAAAUGAUUCAGACUGAUUCAAUCUGACUGAUUUGACACAAAAGUGUCGUCUAAAAUAUUCACGAUAUGUAAUCACCUGCUGUUGAAUCGUGUGGCUGAUCUCGGAUCCGCUCUGAUAGGGAAAGUGGAAGUGAAGAAAACGAAAGUGAUUUCUGACUCUCAGACACUUUGCUUUCGUUACCGAGCGGACCGUGUUCCGUUCAGAGAAGUUCGUGUGAAUGGAUGUGAAUCGGUCACCGGGAGGGGAGAGUUCGGGCCUCGUUCAAGCGUCUGUCGCUCUGUUCGUCGUCUUCUGUUCGUUCGGGAUCCUCAGAGCCGCUGCGGCCGGCAUCUCCAGCAGGGGCCGAUGGGAAGCCGUUAAUCGGUAACGUCGCUCGGCUGGGUGUUUCUCUCAGUGACCUGAGGAGGGCGCCGGCGUGCAGCGGCCCGUUACCCGCCCUGAAACCCACCGACAGCCACACGGUCAUGAUCAGGACUGACCUGUUACAGUCCGGUGGUGUUCCAGAGCCGUAUCCGUCUCCAGAUGAGCUGCGGGACUGCUGGGACGACGCGCAUGUGAAAAUGCCCUUCUCCAAACACAGCCUGUUCCCCAUGGAGCGUACGACUCUCCAGAGCCGAUGGGAUUUGAUCAAUAAAGCGCUGAGUGUCCCGUUCAGCUCCUCUCAUGAUGUGAAGGAUGCCAUAUUGACAUAUAAUGCGGGCCAAGCGAAGAGAUGGAACUUCACGGCACUGCAUAUGUACUGUAAGAGUCUGCAGGCGUCUGAAUCUCAGAAGAUGUUUGUAGAGCUGCUUCCAGCCAUGGCACAGCUGGCACUGAGAGCACCGAAACUCCUCACGCAGCCGAUUCCGCUGUUGAGGACGCAGCGCUGUGGCUCCAUCACGCUGUCUCAGGAGCAGGUCUCGUGUCUGCUAGCAAACGCUUUCUUCUGCACGUUUCCUCGACGGAACUCUCGGAGAACGGAGUUCAGCAACUAUCCUGACAUCAACUUCAGCAGGUUGUUUGAAGGUUCGUCUCAGAGAAAACAGGAGAAACUCAAAACCCUUCUGUGGUACUUUAAACGGAUCACGCAGCGGAGGCCCAACGGUCUCAUAACGUACACCAGACAGUGUCUGCAGAGUUUGCCCUCGUGGUCGAGUUCAGAAAAGCAGUUCAGCAAGCUUCACAUCAGCUGUGAUGGAACCAUAGAGGACCAGGGCUACGGCAUGCUGCAGGUGGACUUUGCCAACCGGUUUGUUGGGGGGGGAGUUACCGGUUCCGGUCUGGUUCAGGAGGAAAUCCGUUUUCUGAUUAACCCGGAACUCAUCGCAGCUCGGCUCUUCACUGAAGCGCUGGACGAUAACGAGUGUCUGAUCAUCACAGGGACGGAGCAGUUCAGCAGAUACUCGGGAUACUCGGACACCUACCGAUGGGACGGUAACCACAACGACCAGACGCUGAGGGACGAGUGGCAGCGCAAAUGCACAGAGAUCGUCGCCAUUGACGCCCUGCAUUACAGAAAUUUCCUGGACCAGUUUCACCCUGAAAACAUGAAGAGAGAACUCAACAAGGCCUACUGUGGGUUUGUUCGUCCUGGAGUCCAGACGGAGAAUCUGUCCGCCGUCGCGACGGGUAACUGGGGCUGCGGAGCCUUCGGUGGAGACAAACGUCUGAAAGCUGUGCUGCAGAUGAUGGCGGCGGCGGAGGCGGAGCGCGAUCUGAUGUACUUCACGUUUAUUGACACAGAUCUGCUCACAGACGUCCACCACAUACACACACUGAUCACACAGUCUCACGCCACCGUAGGAUACGUGUUCGGGUUGUUGCGGCAGUAUUAUGAGCGUGUGUGUAAGGAAACUACAAGAGGCAAACCUCAAGAAACUCUUUACGGCUUCCUCGUCGGCUGUUUUCUGUAUUCGGACGUCACUGUCUGUGCCUCAAUAAAGCCGUUUUAAAUGGUUGUCAGCCGUUUG